UCUCUCUCUCUCUCUCUCUCUCUCUCUCUCUCUCUCUCUCUCUCUCACAUCAUAAGUUUAUAACUGUACUUGAGUUAUUGAUCUUGUGGAUUAGCUAGCAGCUUGGAUCUCAAGCUUGAUCUCUUCGAAGGAAGCAAAGAUGGGGAGAGCUCCUUGUUGUGACAAAGCAAACGUGAAGAGAGGGCCGUGGUCACCUGAAGAAGAUUCCAAGCUCAAGUCGUAUAUUGAACUACACGGCACUGGUGGUAACUGGAUCGCUUUGCCUCAAAAGAUCGGGCUUAAGAGAUGUGGGAAGAGCUGCAGACUCAGAUGGUUGAACUAUCUGCGUCCAAACAUCAAGCAUGGAGGAUUUUCUGAAGAAGAAGACAACUUAAUUUGCAGUCUCUAUAUAAGUAUUGGAAGCAGGUGGUCUAUAAUUGCAGCACAACUGCCUGGAAGAACUGAUAAUGAUAUAAAGAACUACUGGAAUACAAGGCUGAAGAAAAAGCUUCUGGGAAAGCACCGCAAGGAACACCAGGCUGCUGCACGUAGAUCCGCUGCAGGUCUAAAACAGCAAGAACUAAUUAAGAGAGGUCUUAUCAUCAGUAAUGGGAACAAUAACUCCAUGGUCAACGUCAAUCCUCUUGGAGCUGAUAGCCAAAAUCCUUACUGGCCAGAGCUACCGGUGAUCCAAGGGCCAUCGAUACCCAAUUACUCAUCACCAAACCAAGAAGUAGCAGUACCUUCUUUCAACGACCAUGCGUCUAUCCGAAAACUUCUUAUCAAGCUCGGAGGAAGGUUUCAUUCAGAUCAUCAAGACAAUGUUGUUCAACCUAAGAUCCAAGAUGUGUAUUCCUUGAAUGUCAAUAUUCAACUCCCAGUUGAUGAUCAAUUUCCUAGCUCAACGCAACAGAUUUAUCAUGAGGAGUCUGCAGCAAAUAUGCACUCAUCUGCUAGCCCGAUUGCAACUGUUGCCAGCAACAAUAUCAGCAGCCCGGGCCAAUUUGCACAAAUGAGCGAUUACAACAAUCACACGGGUAAUGCUGGAGAUGGUGAUGCUAUGAACAUGUUUCAAGGAGGGCAAAGUAGUCACUAUCUGCUGUCGAACGAGCUCAAGGACAUGGUGUACAACAUUGAUCGAGAAAAGUUAGAUGGGCUAGAGUUCUUAUACAGUGAUGACAUAAUGAUCAUGAUGAAUGAUAGACCAAUUAGCAGUACUACUAGUACAAAUACUAGCUAUGGUACUGAUCAAAGUACUAUGGGGUGGAGUGGUCCUGAACAGAUGCAGCUGGUUUAUCCUCCUCCUCCUCUAGCGGCCUCCGGCUCAGACUAUCAUGAAGGCAUGCAGAGAUUGAUAAUGCCUCAAGAGCAAUGCGCUAAUUUCUGCGGCUUGAGUAGUUACCCUGGGGUUGGGGUACAAUAA